AUGACUUUAGACUCCAUGAUGGCUUGUUGCCUGAGUGAGGAGGCGAAGGAGUCCAAACGAAUCAACGCAGAGAUCGAGAAACAACUCCGGCGAGACAAGAGGGAUGCAAGACGGGAGCUGAAGCUGCUUCUGCUGGGGACUGGAGAGAGCGGAAAGAGCACCUUCAUCAAGCAGAUGAGAAUAAUCCAUGGGUCAGGCUACACAGAUGAGGAUAAGAAGGGCUUCACCAAACUGGUCUACCAGAACAUCUUCACCUCAAUGCAGGCCAUGAUCCGUGCAACUGAGACCCUCAAGAUCCCGUACAAGUACGAACAGAACAAGAAUAACGCCCUGGUGGUGCGCGAGGUGGACGUGGAGAAGGUUUCAUCAUUCGAGCAGCCGUACACCAGUGCGAUAAAGAUGCUGUGGGCUGACCCUGGCAUCCAGGAGGCCUAUGAUCGCAGGAGAGAGUACCAGCUCUCCGACUCAACCAAAUACUAUCUAAGUGAUCUGGAUCGUAUUGCUGAACCGUUCUAUCUACCAACCCAACAGGACGUGCUUAGGGUUCGAAUCCCAACCACUGGGAUCAUAGAAUACCCUUUCGACUUGCAAAGCAUCAUUUUCAGGAUGGUGGAUGUAGGGGGUCAGAGGUCAGAGAGGAGGAAGUGGAUCCACUGCUUUGAGAACGUCACCUCCAUCAUGUUUCUGGUGGCGCUCAGCGAGUACGACCAGGUCCUGGUGGAGUCAGACAACGAGAAUCGUAUGGAGGAGAGUAAAGCUCUGUUCAGGACCAUCAUCACAUAUCCAUGGUUUCAAAACUCCUCCGUCAUCCUCUUCCUCAACAAGAAGGACCUGCUGGAGGAGAAGAUCAUGUAUUCUCACCUGGUUGACUACUUCCCAGAGUUUGACGGCCCCCAGCGGGACGCCCAAGCGGGUCGGGAGUUCAUCUUGAAGAUGUUUGUGGACUUGAACCCAGACAGUGACAAGAUCAUCUACUCCCAUUUCACAUGCGCCACCGACACGGAGAACAUCCGCUUCGUCUUCGCCGCCGUCAAAGACACCAUCCUGCAGCUCAACCUCAAAGAGUACAACCUGGUGUGAAAAGAGGAAUGGAAAAAGAGAGAGAAGGAGGGAGAGAGAGAGAGAGAGAGAGCAAGAGACCUGCAGACCCCCCUCCCCCCCCACACACACACACACACACACACACACUCACACAUAAUGCAGAGUCCACCACUAGAAACACACACAUCUGCAUGAAACACACUGCUGCUCAAAGAGUUAAGCAUUGCUUCAUACUUUACCAGACCAACACUAUCCACGUUCUGUCCACUCAGCUCCUUGGUUGUUGGUUGGCCCAUUUUUUAAAAGAAUGGUUUUGUGGCUCUAAUAAUUGCUCCUCUUGUACAAACACAAGUAUAACACUCCCUCCAUUUGUCCCCGUCUCUUGGGGGUUUUUGGUCUGCUCGUUCAGGCCUGGGCAUUGCUCACGUUUUCUUUCUUUACACUACAUUAUCACCCGUGCUUGUGUGUUGGAGGUGGGUAGAGGGCCUUCUCUGGGCAGACUAAGCGUUUAUGGACGAAGGGCUCUCUCCCCUUCUUCUUAUUUAACCCAUGCAUGCUCUACACUACAGCAUGAGGCCAGGCUGCAGACCCUGCUCCUCUAAUUAUGAUGAUAGGAAUAUAUUAUCAGGCAGUGCUGGGGUGCAGUGAGGUACUUGGUUCCCCCCUGGGUCUUGAAUUGUGUAUUUUUUUUUUUGCCCCCAAAUCAGAGCGCAGAAGCUCUGUUGAAUGUAAAUUAAGUUUUCACGCUGCUCACACAGAGUGAGGGCUACACAGAGAUGACUCUCUGUAGACUUUCAAUAUUUUCAUCUUGGUUAUAUUAUUCCUGCUAUUGUUCUCUAAUUAAAAGUAAAGAUGACUACUCAAAGGAAACGUGCAUCGUGAAACAAAAGAAUUAACACUACCGGUAUUUACUUACUGUAUAUCAACUCCCCUGUCGUUUUGUAUCACAUUGCCAAAUUAAAACCACCUACUUUUGUUUCUGUAAAUAUAAUUACGUUGCCAGUAUCUCGUUCAUCCCUUAAGUGGUUUCAGAUACUAACAAAACAUACUGGUAUCGCCAAAAUUAAGUGCUUAAAUAAUUAAGUGGAUCAUUCAGAUGUUGACGGCAUAACAACUCACUCCGUGUGGCAUUUCUUCAUGUCGGCUGUCGUCUGAAUCACACACGUAUUCGUACUGUGAUUUAUUUUUUGUUCCCCUUUGACGGUGAGAAUAAUCUUCCUGUGCACAACGUGCGAAUGAUACAGAUUAGUGCAGUGCAAUAGUCGGUUGUAGAUAAAAGUUUUUGCGCUGCCAGUUGGUCUUGAUUACUCAUAUGGCUUCUCUCCCUAAUCGACUUUAUUUCGCCAUAUUAUUCGGCCAACAUUUGAUGAACUGUAACGGAUAGCGAGAGAGUAAAUAGUUCUUUUUUUGUAUGUCUAAUUUAUCAAUCAGAUCUACGUGUUGUUGAUACAGUAAAUGAGACUUCCUCCCUAGUUUCAGCUCAAACGUUUUUCCAACCGAGGAGACGGGAGGAGAUUUUAUACUGCUGUAAAAUAUCAAAACUAUUUUAUGGACAAGUGUUCUACCUUUCUAAUGAUACUUCAUAUAUUUAGUUGUUGCAGUUCUGUUUUGAAAAUGCUUGACAAUGGAGAAAAAAAAAACACUGUUUCCAUGUCGGGUUUGUGCUUUAUGCAAAUAGGAAAAUGAAACAAAAAACUUAGUGGUUGAAUAUUUACUGUUUCAAGGAUGCUUGCAUUAUUUUUUUGUAAUUUUGAAGGGUAUGUGUUGGCUAUUGGUACCAAUCCCAUAUCUCGUGUCUCUUGCCUGGUAGUUGUUUAAAUAUUCCAUUAAGCUGAUAGAUGGCUAUUUUUGUCUUCACAAUGUAAUUCAGGUAAGUUUUCAUAACUUUUUCAUCACAAGGGCUACUACUAGCAGCUUUGGUAGAAAUGAAAUGACUCUAUGGGCGGCAUAGAGCAAAAGGUGCAAUUAAUUAACGAGGGGGGAGGAGGUGGGGGGGGGGCCGAAUCAAGAGUGUGUUGACAUCCUGUUGAGGGUGAUGGCCGCAGGUUCAGUGAGGGAGGAAUGCAGCUGUCCACAGAUGCCUACGUGACGUUCCCGAGGGAAGUCUGGCGGCUGUUUGGCUCUUUGUUCACUAUCUUUUUGCCUUUUUAGAGGAGGAGAAUGGCUCACGUCAAAAAGAAGUGGGGUUUCCCAAGGUGCAAUAGCACAUUUAUAGCGUCCUGGCUGUCGCGAAUCUAACCAUCCUCUUGAAUUAUGUGCUGAUCUUCUUAGCUUUUUAUAUUUUUCCACUAUGUGGUUAUGCAUAUAUCUUCUCAUUGGUAGUGUUUCCAUGUUGGCUCUGUUGGAGGGGAGUGCUCUGGACUUUUUGGACCUUUUUGUUGCACAUUGAAAGAGCUGAAACGGUCAGAUUAAACAUCAAAUACAUUACUACACAUCUUUGCCAAAAGGUUUACAAAUUUAAAAAAAAAAUCUUAUUUUCUACAGAAAGCUGAGUUUUAGGGGAAUCCACUCACCCCGUGUAUUACUUCGCCUUGAUUUUAAUCACAUGCAUCUCUGGUGCACAUUGUAUUGAUAAAGCCAUUAUUGUGUAUGUUAAGACUUCCUGAGACACUAAAUGAAGAAGGGAUGUGUAUAUUUCUGCUAAGUGCCAUAUUUUUCUAUGAGUUGAAACAAUAUUGUAGACGUUGCGAAAGCUCUGACUUUGUUAUUUCGGCUUGUUUUUCCAGCAUGUAUUGGUAGUGGGUUAAUCUUCGGUGCUUCAGCCAACAUUUAAAGGCCUUUUUCUUGACCAGUUUGUCCCGUGUAUUUAGGGCGACGCUUUUCACACUCGCUCGCUAACAGAAGUGAAUUUUGUGGGUGUCACAUUUCAGUUUGAAAUUAAGAGCUUAUGUGUGUUGAUAUGUGGAUGAAUAGGCUGAAUAGAUUGAGCUUGGAAAAGGAGUAUUGUGUUCUGCUUUUCUGCUGGGAUAACAUGGUGAUGUCCAUGUGUGUUUUUAAACUCCUCAGCUUGGCUUUCAGGAAGCAUUCCCCUGUACUGUUGCUUUCCACCUUAAGGGCAGGUGUGUGGGGCUUUUUUUUUUUUUUUUUUUUUUU